AAUCCGUUGUUCCUCUCAUCCGUCCAUUCAGAGAAGAGAGAAAGAUUAUGGAUUGGCCAGUAGACUUGGAUCAGAGUCUCGGAGACACUCCAUCUUUCAGAGCAAGUUUGAGUCGUAGCGAGCAAGAUAUGCACAGACUCGAAACGUUGCUGGAGAAGGUUAUCAAGUUGUCUAGUGGAUUGUUACAGAAUGGAAAAGCCUUUUCAUCGUCCAACAGUGUGUUGAUUAAUGGAUUCAACUCUCUGAAAGAUUACUUUGGUGACAGUCAGUUUGUAGCGGUAACACUUGGGCGAUUUACUGAGACUUUGUCAGAGCUGCAGUCAUUGUAUAGAAUUCUAUUUGAUCAAUUUCAAAGAGUAUUAGCUGAUGGAGUAAAAGAAUUUCUUCGAAAAGAUGUUCGUUGUGUAAAAGAUACAAAGAAAGUGUUCGACAAGGCAAGCAGUGAGAUGGACAGUGCUCUUCAGAAGAAUUCUCAUGCAUCACGAUCAAAGCUUCAGGAACGUGAAGAAGCAAGCAGGACAUUGGCAGAUAUGAGUGUUGCAUUUAGGCAUACAGCACUUGAUUAUGGGUAUCAGGUUAAUCUUUUUCAUGUGAAGAAAGGGCAUCGUCUUCUACACACUAUGUUGUCAUUCAUGGAAGCUCAAAGCACAUUUUUCCGACACGGUUACGAUGUAUUGAAAGAGAGUCAGCCAUUAAUGAAAACAGUAGCAGAAGAGCUUGAUGAACUUGCUCAUCAAUGCACCGAGAAAGAGAAGAAGUUGACGGAGCAAAGAUGCCAACUGACAGCUCAAGUCAAGGACUACAACAAGCUGUCUGUAGACUCGGACAUGAGUGGUGCUAUGAUGCGAGGAUAUUUGUGGAAACGAGGGACAAAUGCUUUCAAGACUUGGAAUAGACGAUACUUUUUCAUACAGAAUAAUCAGUUGCUCUAUCAGAACAAAUUCAAGGGUGAUGAGGUAACUGUGUUGGCUGAAGAUCUACGUCUUUGUACUCUAAAACCAGCUGAUGACCAAUUAGAGAGGAGAUUUUGCUUUGAAAUAGUUCUGCCGACAAAAUCUGUGAUGGUACAAGCUGAUUCGGAAGAAAUUAGAACGGCAUGGAUAACCGCUGUGCAGAAAGCUGCAGCCGCUGCAUUAGACAUUUCACCCUCAAACACAGCAGAGAAGCAAAGUGUAACACCUUCAGCGUCGUCAUCAUCACCUCCUGACAGUUUGUUUGCAUCAUCAGAAAAACGUACAGCCGAGCUGAAACGCAUUGCUGGGAAUGAAACGUGUGCCGACUGUGACUCUCCAGACUCAACGUGGGCAAGCAUCAACCUUGGAGUCACUCUCUGUAUUGAUUGCUCGGGAAUUCAUCGGAGUCUUGGAGUUCACGUUUCGAAAGUGCGAUCGUUGACACUUGACCAGUGGGAACCAGAAACAGGAAAACUUAUGAUGAUGCUUGGCAACUCUGUGGUCAACGGAGUGUUUGAGCAAAAUUUGGAAGGAUGGAAGAAGCCGACAACUCAGUCGUCACGAGAUGAACGAGAGACAUACAUACGAGCGAAGUACAUCGACAAACGUUUUCUCUUGAAACAAAAGAUAGUGUCUACCUCCAAACCAGUGCGAGUACCGCUUACCAUUGUCACCGGCUCAGAAAGUGACGACAGCGGAGACGAGGAUCCUUUCCCGGUUGCUACUGACAAACGAGAAGUGACGAUGGAUUCAAUAGUGUUGUCUGAAGCUACAUCUGAUUCAGACAGGAUCAGUCCAGAAAUUCAUCGGAAGACCUACAGUCAGCCUGUCUCGCCGGUUGGUCGUCGUCGCUGGACGAUUUCAAAACCGAAACGAGCACAAUCUCAGGACGAGUUGGACGUAUUGAAGGGUGAAGGUGAGGCAGGCAGCAUUAGUGAUACAGAAACGGUGUCGAAGCCGAAGAAGUCGAGACGAAAGAGAGUUCUUCACAAGUUGAAGAAGUUGUCUCCGAAGAAGAAGUUGUUGUCGAUGACGGGAACGGAGAAGGAGGAAAGUAGAUUGAGACGGUUGUCUGUUGAGUUACAUACACAUGCUGGUAGUUCGGGAAAUAGUUCACAGAUUUUGUAUGAGGCGACAAAGACGGGUGAUAUUUCUGGGAUGCUGUUGGCUUUGGCAUGUGGCGCUGAUGUAAACUGGAAGAAUGAGAAAGAAGAUAUACAAACGUCUUUACAUCAAGCUGUGCGAUUUGAACAAAUUCUAGCAUUAGAAUUUCUACUACAAAAUGGAGGGAAAGUCAAUCUUGGUGAUAAAACUAAGCGCACACCAUUACAUCUUGCUUCUCAACAAGGUGGAACUGGUCUUGUAUGUUUGCUGUUGAAACGAGGAGCUAAACAAGAUGUUGUAGAUGAAGAUGGACAGGAUCCAUUGGCUAUUGCUUUGUCACAAACUCAUGCUGACAUUGUGACACUUCUGCGUUUGGCAAAGCUGAACAAAGACAUGAAGGAGAACGAUGAAACAGCUGGUUUUGACAGCUACAAGGCAAUUUUCAAUGAUUUCUCACGGAUGGCUUUCAACAGUCCUGACAGACUGCGACGAUCGCCGUCAACUAGUGACCUCUAGCUCACGGGAGUGCAUGCCAUCUGGUGACUUCAAGAGUGUGGAGCAAUUGUUGCCAGUUGGCUGUUUGGUUGUUUGUUGUGUAAAUCGGUGUUAUCAUGAGCUUUAUAUGAUUGAGAUGAUGGUGAACAUUCUAUUCUAGUCAGCACUAUUGACAUUGCGGCGAAUUAUCAUUUUUAUGCAGUACAAAUUUAUGGAACGUAUUGAGUUUAGACUUUGUAGUUUGGUUGGCAUUCUAAUGAAAUCUGAGGAAUUA